AUGGCCUCCAACCGUGCCAGGCGCAUUGCCAAAGAGAUUGCCGACAUCCAGAACGACAAGCUCUCGCAGAUCAUAGUCGAGCCUGCAGGGAACGGCGACGACCUGACACACCUUCGAGGCCAGUUCUUUGGACCACCAGACACACCGUACGAGGGCGCCACAUACCAUGUCGACAUCAAGAUUCCUAGCGAGUAUCCGUUUCGACCCCCGAACAUGCGCUUCGAGACCAAGAUCUGGCACCCCAACGUCAGCUCGCAGACAGGCGCUAUCUGCUUGGACACGUUGUCGUCACAGUGGUCGCCAGUCCUCACGAUCAAGUCCGCCCUCAUCUCCCUCCAGUCCCUCCUCAGCACACCCGAACCGAAAGACCCACAAGACGCAGAGGUCGCCAGCAUGUUGAUCCGUAACCCCGCCGAGUUCGAGCACAAAGCCCGUGAGUGGGCGGUCAAGUAUGCGGGCGCACCUAAGAAGGAGAUCGCCGAAGGCAGCGGUGGUGCCACGGCAGAGUCCAUUACGAAGAAGCGCCAGGAGGCCAAGCAGAACGAAGAAAAGGUCAAGCUGGCAGCGUACCAUGGCUACAACAAAGACCUCGUCGAUCGAUUCGUUGCCAUGGGCUUCGAUGUCGAAGCUGUCGUGGGAGCGUUCGAGUAUGUUGGUAUUGACAAGAUGGGUGGUGAGGACUACGAACUGGAGGAGGCAUACAUGGGUGACAUCACUGCGCGACUGUUCGGCGAGGCGUAA